AUGCCUGGUGCUGUGUGUCCCUGCCCCAAAGAAGUGCAGAUGUGCCCACUGGUGGCCAAGCCAAGUGAAUUUGGAGGCUCCUUAUGCCCCGGUCCCAGGGCAGCGGGAUCUGAGCCUCUCUUACCCUCAGGUCCCAGGAACUCCCUGAUCCUUCAGCCACCCGUGGAGGUGGGCCACCCAGCUGGGGCCCAGAAAGACCCCAGGGAAGCACUGGGGCCAGAAAGGACCCUGGAUGCCUGCUGCCUUCCCCAAGGAAUUCAGCCCCAGAGCACCAGUAAAUUGCUGGAGGAGGAUCAGGACUCUCUUCAGAAGCAUUUCCUAUCUGAGGAGAACAUGGUUUCCCAUUUUUCUCACCUCAGCCUGGAAAAUGUUCACCCCUACUGUGGCCCAUCAGUAGCUUUCUCCAUGGACACUCCAGCCCCACCUGUGACCAGGCCUUUGGAAGACUCUCUUCACUCGACUGAGGAUCUUGGGGUCCUCUGCCCCAGCCUCCUGCUGGCCCUGAAUCCCCACUCAGAGCUACUCCUCUGGCAAUAUCCAGGAAGUCAAAUCCCAGAAACCUUUUGGCUGCUGAGACUGGGGGGCUCCCAGGUAUACCAAACCUCCCAUAGUGGGGAGGCAAUGGAGCUCUGA